GUCGUUUGUCCAAUGGGAAAGGACGUGUUUGUGGACCAAUAGGGCUCAGACGGUUAGGCCCCGCCCACAAGCCUGCCAAGCCAAUCGGCUAGGUGCAGCGAGUGGCCCAGCCCUGGCUGUGCGUCAGAGAGUUAAGGCGCGGUAUGGCGGGCGGGGCCCGAGAGGUGCUCACGCUGCAGUUGGGACAUUUUGCGGGUUUCGUGGGAGCACACUGGUGGAACCAGCAGGAUGCUGCGCUGCAUCAAACGACCGAUGCCAAGGAGUCCCCAGGAGAGUUGUGCCCCGACGUCCUGUACCGGACGGGACGGACGCUGCAUGGCCAGGAAACCUACACGCCGCGACUCAUCCUCGUGGAUCUGAAGGGCAGUCUGAGCUCCCUAAAAGAAGAAGGUGGACUCUACAGAGACAAACAGCUAGAUGCUGCAAUAGCAUGGCAGGGGAAGCUCACCACACACAGAGAGGAAGUCCCUCCCAAGAACCCUUAUCUCCAGGACCUUCUGAGUGCAGAGGGAGUGCUGAGUAGUGAUGGUGUCUGGAGGGUCAAACCCAUCCCUAAUGGCAAAGGUUCCCUUCCAGUCAGCCCUGCUUUGACUCCAAAAUCACUUAUCCCCACAGAGGGUGGCAUCAGAGUCUGGUCAGACUUCCUCAGAGUCCAUCUCCAUCCCCGGAGCAUUUGCAUGAUUCAGAAGUACAACCAUGAGGGGGAAGCAGGUCGGCUGGAAGCUUUUGGCCAAGGGGAGAGUGUCCUGAAGGAACCCAGGUUCCUGGAAGAACUCGAGGACAGGCUGCACUUCUAUGUGGAGGAAUGUGACUACUUGCAGGGCUUUCAGAUCCUGUGUGACCUGCAUGAUGGUUUCUCUGGGGUAGGCGUUAAAGCAGCUGAGUUGCUACAUGACGAGUAUUCAGGGCGGGGGAUAAUAACCUGGGGCCUUCUCCCUGGUCCCUACAAUCUUGGGGAGCCCCAGAAAAACAUCUAUCGUCUGUUAAACACAGCAUUUGGCCUGGUGCACCUGACUGUUCACAGCUCUUUCGUCUGCCCCUUAUCUUUGGGCGGGAGCAUGGGCCUGCGACCCAAGCCACCAGUCAACUUCCCUGACCUGCGUUAUGACGCCACUCUGCCCUUCCACUGCAGUGCCAUCCUGGCUACGGCCCUGGACACAGUUACAGUUCCUUAUCGCCUGCAUUCCUCUCCAGUUUCCAUGGUUCAUCUGGCUGAUAUGCUGAGCUUUUCUGGGAAAAAGGUGGUGACAGCAGAAGCAAUCAUCCCCUUCCCCUUGGUUCCAGGCCAGUCCCUUCCUGACACCCUGAUGCAGCUUGGAGGAGCCACCCCUUGGACUCCACUGUCGGCAUGUGGGGACCGCUCUGGAACACGCUGCUUUGCCCAGUCAGUGGUGCUGAGGGGCAUAAACACAGCAAGCCACAUCAGUCAGGUCACCCCAGGGACAUCUCUUCCUUCUACUCUCCAUGCAUGUGCCUCUGGGGAAGAAGUCUUAGCCCGGUAUUUGCAGCAGCAGGAGCCUGGAGCUGUGAGUUCAUCCCAUCUGCUGCUGACUCCCUGCAUGGUGGCUCCUCCUUACCCCCACCUAUUCUCUGGAAGCUUCAGCCAGCAGGGUGUGGUUCUGGAUGGUACCUCUAAAGGCACAGGUAGGUACAAGCAGUGCAGAGCAUCCCGGUAUUUGGGGCCUUACGCUCUUCUUCAUCUCUGCACCGGACCCUGGAAGGCUUGGCAGAAGAGCUCACCAAACUCGACCUGCGGCGCUGGGCCAGUUUCAUGGAUGCUGGAGUAGAACAGGAUGACAUGGAGGAGCUGCUGCAGGAGCUACACAGCCUGGCCCACUGCUACCGGGAGGGUCACAGCCUCCCAGACUAAAGGAGUGGGAGAAGAGCUACUUGGCAAUAAAAGCUGCUGGGUUAGGGAGCCCAGUGUCUUUGGGCAGAGGAGCUCAGUGUCUUGAACUGGCUACUUGACAUGAGCAUUUAUUACAUUUAGAAACACUGUGAGUAGAUCACAGAACAAUAAAUAUGUACUAUCAGACAAAAAAGAGUAGAGAAAGGAGCCCCUCUCCCUCAAUGCUAUUUACAGAGUGGAUUUGUAGGGUCUUCAUCAAAGACCCUGAAAGAGACAUGGGAUGCGGAGCCCCGGGGCUCAGGUGCAGACUCAUUUUGUCCUUGUCCUCAGCUCUGCUCUCCAGCUCUGUGUGCUCAAGGACUGCACAAAUGAAGUACAGCCACCCUUCUCCCCCAGCACAGGGUGCCUGUCAGGUUGGUCCUGUGAAAAUGACACGCACACCUUCCCGGAGUCUCA